GAGCAAUUGAGCAUAGAAUUGAGUUGGUCGAAUAUUCGAAAUAGUCCAUUUCAGCUUAAAGCAAAAUCCGUGGACUGUGAUAUGCUGUUCCGCUUGUUGAUAAGCCUUUGACCCCUUUUGACCAUUAAGACAAAAAACCUCAUUUUUCUAGAGUAAGCUAGAGAGAGACAGAUCUGCGGGCUUUGGUCUGGUAAGUCUACUGAACUUCCACCCAAGAUUCAACUUUUCUUUAGAUUCAUAUUAUGUUUUCAGCAAAAUUUUAUGUGGGCAGCUUGUUUCGAGCUUCAUUUUCUGGUGUCUCUGUUAAAUCAUGAUCCGUUGAGAAGGGUUAUAACCUAUUGUGUACCAUGUAUCUGGGUUUAUUAGAUUCUUGAAUAAUAGUAAUUAAGAUCCAAAUUCCAAUUAUGUGUAUAGUUGUGCUUUUAUGAGUCCAUAGAAGCAUUCUGCUGUGGGAACUUGUAAGGUUCUUCAUCCGUACGGCUUUGAGAUUUGUCGACGUGAAAGAAAAGGAAAACAGGAGGACAAAAAAAAUAUGGCGAAUAUAGACAUGGAAGGUAUCAUGAAGGAGGCGCCAUCCUCCGGGCGCAUCCCCAAGACAAAGAUCGUGUGCACCCUCGGACCCGCUUCCCGAUCAGUCCCAAUGCUCGAGAAGCUCCUCCGUGCCGGAAUGAACGUUGCUCGGUUCAACUUCUCACACGGGUCCCACGAAUAUCAUCAAGAGACCCUCGACAAUUUAAAGAUUGCAAUGCACAACACUCAAAUCCUAUGUGCCGUCAUGCUCGACACAAAGGGGCCCGAGAUACGAACCGGUUUCUUGAAAGAUGGGAAACCCGUUCAGCUCAAGGAAGGCCAUGAAAUCACUGUGACCACCGAUUACACUAUAAAGGGUGAUGAGCAAAUGAUUUCGAUGAGUUACAAGAAGUUGCCGGUGGACUUGAAACCGGGGAAUACAAUUCUCUGUGCAGAUGGUACAAUCACGCUUAAUGUUCUCUCGUGCGAUCCGGCUGGUGGGACUGUGAGGUGUCGUUGCCAGAAUACGGCUAUGUUGGGUGAGAGGAAAAAUGUUAACUUGCCGGGUGUUGUGGUGGACCUCCCGACACUUACGGAUAAGGACAAAGAGGAUAUUUUGGAGUGGGGUGUGCCGAAUAAUAUCGACAUGAUUGCUCUAUCGUUCGUGCGUAAAGGGUCUGAUUUGGUGAAUGUGAGGAAGGUUCUCGGUCCGCAUGCCAAGCGUAUACAGUUAAUGUCAAAGGUGGAGAACCAAGAAGGCGUGAUCAACUUCGACGACAUCCUCCGCGAGACCGACUCGUUCAUGGUGGCCCGCGGCGACCUCGGCAUGGAAAUCCCGGUCGAGAAAAUCUUCCUCGCUCAAAAAAUGAUGAUCUACAAAUGCAACCUCGCCGGAAAACCCGUCGUCACCGCCACACAGAUGCUCGAGUCGAUGAUCAAAUCUCCCCGGCCCACUCGCGCCGAGGCCACCGACGUCGCCAACGCCGUCCUCGACGGCACCGAUUGCGUCAUGCUCAGCGGCGAGAGCGCUGCCGGAGCUUUCCCGGAGCUCGCCGUCCGAACAAUGGCCCGCAUUUGUGUCGAGGCCGAGUCAUCUCUCGACUACUCGGCCAUUUUCAAGUCCAUGAUCCGAUCCACACCGCUCCCCAUGAGCCCGCUCGAGUCUUUAGCUUCGUCGGCAGUUCGGGCUGCAAACAAGGCCCAAGCCCGACUAAUCGUUGUGAUGACUCGAGGUGGGACCACGGCUAGGCUCGUCGCGAAGUACAGGCCUGCGGUGCCUGUGCUGUCUGUGGUUGUACCUUUGCUCACGAAUGAUUUGUUUGAUUGGUCGGUUAGUGACGAGGGGCCCGCGAGGCAGAGCUUGGUUUACAGGGGAUUGAUUCCGGUGCUGGCGGAGGGGUCGGCUAAGGCUACGGAUGCGGAGUCGACUGAGGUGAUAUUGGGAGGGGCGUUGAGGUAUGCGGCGGGUCGAGGGCUGUGCGUGGCUGGGGAUGCUGUGGUGGCGCUGCACAGGAUCGGGGGCUCGUCUGUUAUCAAGAUAUGUACCGUCAAGUAGUGGAAGAGAUGGGGAUAUGGUGAUUACCCGGUUUGUCGGUUUUCAUCGGUUUACGAUGUGGUUAAUGUAAUAAUGUGUGCGGUUUUCUUCCUGAAUGGUUUACGAUGUGGUUAAUGUAAUAAUGUGUGCGAUUUUCUUCCGGUUGGGGAGUUGCGCGCGUGCGUACGAUUAUUGUGUUCGAGUUUUUUU